GGGUAUCACAUAGGCUAAAAAUUACAGAUAGCCAAUCGUUUUCUCUGACAGUUUACAGAUACAUUCAUGACAUGUGCUCUGCAUGUUUGUGGUCAACAAAAACAAAAGUGUGUUUUAAUUUUGGAUUGAUUGUAAACAAUCGGAAAAUAGAUGGCAACAACUGCUGUAGCCAAAUGGGCUGAUGGCCACACUGACUCCAUCAUCUCUGUAGCACACAACAACAGUACCUUGGCAUCUGGUGCAGAGGAUCAUCAUAUUUGUCUCUGGUCAGAUGAAGGAAAAGUUCACUCCAAGCUUAAUCUUCAAGAUGAUGUCACAGGCAUAUGCUUCCAGACAUCUAACCCAAAUAUACUCUACGCUGCAAGUGGAAAUAAACUUAACCUACUGGACAUUCGUGAUUUUAACCAUGUUCAGAGUUGUAAAGAAUUUAAUUCUGAAGAAAUAAAUCAAGUUGACAUCAACCAGAAAGAAACAUUCAUUGUAACAUGUGAUGAUUCUGGCGCUGUGAAAGUUGUUGAUAUGAGAGAGAUGCGAUUGUUUAAGACAUUGCAACGGCACAAGAAUAUCUGUACGUCUGUCAAAUUUCAUCCAACGAAAGGCUGUGAGCUUAUAUCUGCCGGUACAGAUUGCAUCGUGAACUCUUGGGAUUUUAUUAAAGGUCGCAACCUUGGCUCACUUGAUAUGCAUGAAUGCCAAUCAACUGAGGAUGAUAGCAUUCCAGCUGAGAUGUAUAUGGUCAACCCCCCUCUUGUUUAUUCAAUUGAUGUCACUCAUGAUGGGUCAUCGGUAAUAUGUGGACUUGAAAAUGGCAAGGUGCAAGUACUGGAAUUGGUUGGCAGGGGGAAGUUUGAACCACUAUGUGAUCUCAGUGGUCACAGAAGAGGUGUGUCAAAAGUAGAGAUAUUUCAGGCCAGGUCAAAAGAAUUCAUUAUUUCUGGUGGAAAUGAUGGAAGGGUUAUUUUGUGGAAUGGUAGUGAACAAAAAUAUAAUCCACAUACAAAUCACAAGAGGAAAAGCAAGAGAGAAGGAACGGGAGGAACUUCCAGUAAACCUAUGAAGGACUCCACAGCAGGAGCUUCCUCACCCUCAUACACAGCAGUUUCGCAAAUUGAACAUGGUAACAAGAUUAACUCUUUGAUGGCGGUGGUUGAGAAUAAGAUUAUUAUUUAUGUUGUUGAUCAGACAGAAAACAUCAGUUUGUAUGAUCUAUCAAAAAGCAUUGGUCUUUAAUCAGCACAAACAAAAGUCAUAUUUACAACAAGAGCAAUCUCUCCAUAGAGUGCAUACCUCUGCCCUGUGCCUGAAUACUGAACAAUAUGCAGGCUGUGUAUGAUGGUCGAUUCCAUUAUUUUCUGUCCCGUGCCUCAUGAAUACUGAACAAUAUGCAGGCUGUGUAUGAUGGGCGAUUCCAUUAUUUUCCGUCCUGUGCCUGAAUACUGAACAAUAGGCAGGCUGUGUAUGAUGGCCGAUUCCAUUAUUUUCUGUCCCGCUCCUGAAUACCAAACAAUAUGCAGGCUGCGUAUGAUGGGCCAUUCCAUUAUUUUCGUUUAUGCUCAGGAACUAAAAUUUAAAAAAAAAAUUAAAGGGAGUUUUGGUGACCUUGACCUUUUCUUCCUAAAAUUUAAUCAUUUCUUUAUGUUUUAGCUGUUCUUGUUUUUUUGAUGUAUAUUGUAAUCAUUUGUAUAAUUUUUGUUUUUCGGAUGCACCUUUGUUUGCCACUGAUGUAAAAGUGCAAGUCCAAAUAAAUAAAUAAACAAAUAAAUAAUGUACUAUUUCCACUAAAUUUUAUGAUGAACCAUUCAUUUUUUUUUUGCAUAGUAAUUACUAAAAUACAGACAUCAGUGAAUACAGUACAUAACAUCCUUUGGCAGGCGUAAUAAUGUUGGAUAAUUUUGAUGCAAAAUACUGCACAUGAUAAACCUACUCUUCGUCUUCUUUGAUUUAGAAAGGUAUUAUAUACUCAAUAUACCUCCGAUAAGUUUUAAAAUUACUGUGUAAUCAAUAUUAUAUGAAGUAAUGUGCAUAUUGUAGAACCAAUUAAUCAAUAAUAAACCAAGCGCAAUUUGAUGUAAACUUACUGCAAGCUUUCAUCCAUGUUGUCAACAUGACUUCAUGAGCUAGCAUCUGUUGUUUGUGCUUGGUUUAUUAUCAAUUAAUAAACAGAUCUACAAUCAUUAUAUAAGCAAACCAGAUGAAACAAUUUGAAUAUUAAUGUCCAUAUCGUAUAUGAUUAAAAUGUCUUUAUAUAAAUAAAUUUUAAAAAGCUCAA